AGCUAGCUACGUGUAGCCCCUGGCGAACAGUGCAUGAAGAAAAACAGCAAAGGGUGCAAGAUGGAAACAUCCCGCUUCCAGAUUGGUUGCUAACACUCUCAUAAAUUGAAGCCGACGAAACUACAACACAAAACAAAAAGUUCUUCAGCAAAACACAAACCAUGGCUCCCAGCGAAAAAGUCCAAGUGUGUAUCAUUGGUGGUGGCCCCACAGGCAUCAUCUACUUGAAAGAACUGGUGGAUGCAGGUGUUACCAGCGUUCGUGUCAUUGAAGCAAAGAAGACUUCUGGUGGUCUCUUCCGAGGCUGCUAUGAGGAUUCCAUGCUCACCAUCUCCAACUCCUUCAUCACAUUCUCCAAAAUGCACAACAUUGAUCCCAUCCACAUGUACACGGAAGAAUAUGCCGACUACUGUGAUGAGUUUGUCGGCAAGUUUGGUCUCUCGAAAUACAUUUCCUUUGAAACGGUUGCUACCAAGUGUACCUACGAUAAAACUCAAAAGAUCUGGACGGUUCAAUACAAAGGCAUUGGAGAGGAAGGGGCUGCUGGAAUUGUGGUCGCUGACUACUUGGUAGUGGCAUCGGGUGCCCAUGCUCCUGUGACCCCACCUACGACUGGUCUACCGGCUUGUGUCAAGCUACCAGGAAGCAAUGGCUUGCCCUCCUUUGACGAUUUCGAGGGCACCGUGAUCCAUUCUUCCGAAUAUGAAACUUCCAGCAUCUUUGAGGGCAAGCGAGUUUUGGUUGUUGGAUCUGGUGAGUCGGGAUCCGACAUUGCUAUGGCGGCAACCAUAAGCAAAUCCAAGUCGGUAGCUGUCAGUGUUAGGGGAGUUGCAGGCCACUUGACUCCGCGUCACAUUGGGAAAGCGUAUCCUGCGGAGACUCGAAAAGUUCAGUCUGGAAAUGGCAACUGGUGGCACAAAAAUUUUCCUCUGGGGCCUGGUCCACUUCCCGCAGAUUUGACCAACUCACUGACAAGAUUUGGCAACCCACGAUCACAAUGGCUCCCUAGCUUUAUUCCUGGUCGCAUGGCUGCAGCAAUGUCACCUUUGGUGCCAGAUGAAUUCGUUACGGGGAAAAUGGCCAGAGCUAUGAUGGGUACCAACCUCCUUUGUGGUCUGACUGCUAUCACUCAGUAUGGCACAAAGACAGGUGGGUUGCCACAGGCUAUCGAUAAUGGAGCAUCCUUGGUUCCCGGCAUUCAGCAAGUCAAAUCCAAAUCUAUUGUCUUUGCUGAUGGGUCUGAGCUUGAGAUUGAUCUCGUUGUGCUUUGCACUGGUUUCAAGACAACUUUUCCAUUUCUGGAAGAGGAGUCACCACAAGCCAUCAAAGACUUCAAUCCGAGGAAGCUCUGGAAGCACAUGUUGGACAGUGAAUAUGGAGACAGGCUUGUCUUUGGAGGGUUUGUCAGGCCGGGUUUUGGGUCCAUUCCGCAACUGUCUGAAAUGCAAGCCCGUGUGUAUGCCCAAUUUGUUACUGGCAAGAUCUCCCUCCCAGAAGAGAAAGAAUUGGCCCAUACAAUUGCCAGAGAUGCAGCCAAAGAAGAAACUUUCUUUAUUGCCUCGAAAGACAUUAAAGCUCUGACCCACUUUGCUCAUUACUCAGCCGACAUGGCCUCAUUGAUUGGCAAGAACAUUGAUUACCGAAAGCUGCUGGUCACAGAGCCUAAGCUAUUUAUCCGGCUUGUCACCACACCAUACAAUGUCAAACGUUUCUAUAUCGACGAUGACGAUAAGGACCUGAGGCGUGAUGCUCGAAACAGGAUCCCUGCUGGGCACCCGGGGACUCUUCUCAAAAUGGACAUUCAUGUUUGGUUCUUGUGUUUUGUCAUUACAACCCUUGUAGAUGUUCCAAUGCUGUCACUGCCUGGAGUAAUGCCUCCCACAAGGGAGCAAAGAGUUUGGGCUUGGCUAACUCUCCCGUUCUGGUGGAUGCUCUUGGUCCCAUCCAUCUACGAGUAUGCUGUCCUGUGGUUAUUUGCGCUCCUGAGCCCCCACACCUGGUUUUACUUCUACAGGACACUGAGUCGUGAGACUGACAGUCGUGCGGGCGAUUGGUGUUGGGCUCAAUCUGUGUUGGAAGAUUGGUACAUUCGAAACUUGAUCCUGAACCCAUUCUCACUCCUUGCUUUUGUGGUGUAUGUGGUUGCCAGCGCACCCAUCAUUCUGGCUACCAAGAUUGUAACAAAGUGGGCUUUGAGGGGAGAGUGCUGAGGCUCAAACUGACGCCCCCAGACCAAGACAAAACAAAGCGGAGGAGAACACUGAACUAUCUACAAGCGAAGGGUGGAAUGCGGUUCAUUAGCUGUUGUUAUUAUUGAUGCCCACUGCAAUCUUCUUCCCAUUGCUUUUGACACUACUCUACCUGCGCCGGCAAAUCCCCAAUUCCCGUGUCAAUAAGCCUCCACGAGGUGGGAAAUUCCCGUUCAAUAUAAGCAUGCCCAGGAUUGUAGUUAAGGAUGGGAUAGUAGGUCUGCAUUUGAUCGUAUCGGUCUUCGGGGGCGUAGUACCAACUAUUGUGAAUGCCCUCUUCAUAUCCCGGGGCCCUUUCAUGCGUGGAAUGAUAACCUCGCAGUCGAUUGAUGUAUGCCGUAAACGCUGAGAACCAACAACCAAAAAAGGUUCGACUCCGGGAUGCAACCAACUGAUCCACCAUUCCAUCAAAAUUGGUGUUGAAAUCAUCGCCAAGGACAUCACGAAAGUCAUCCAGAAAGACAAUGUCAUACUUUUCUCGGAGAGGUUGGAAGAAACCCUUUUUGUCGCGUUCUUCAGUCGCAAUGUAAAUUGUUUGUCCUUCUUGCAAUUUGCUCUUGCUCACUUCGUAGAUUUGACGAGCAUCCACUCGGGUCACUUUGUAUUGAAAAUCGCCACGACGGAUAUGAAAGGCAUCGUAUUCCCCCUUGGGGUUUUGGCCUGCCACAGCGGGAUUGUUGCGGGCUCGUUCUCGUAGCGCCUCUAUCACUCGUGCCGCAGCACAUUGUAUCCGAUCGACGUACCGGACAUGAUCCCGCACGAAUCGUUUCAUAUGCAAGUCUUGCUGCCAAU